AUGGCGACGGCGAAAGAUGCGGCGGACAGGAGGUGCCUCGUCUUGAGCGACUGCAAGCCCGCGCUACAGCAGAUCGAGGCGGCGUACCGAAAAGGCUCUCUCGAGGGGCUCCGAGAGUGGGAUCGAGGAGGUGCAUUAGAGGGCAUAUGCAGAUAUCGCGCCCAGCUCGAAUCCGUCACGUUCCUGUGGGUACCGAGCCACGCGGGAUGCGCUAGCAACGCCUACGCCGACGCCGCGGCGACGGCAUACAUGGGGGCCAGCGAGAUUGAGGAUGCCACAGCGGUCAUUCGGGGAGCGGUGAGGACACGCCCGUGCCUAUACACGGACCGCCGGAGGACGGCAGACAGAGAGUGGGGGCGGGAGGUACUGGACCGGAGGACCUAUUACGCCACACGCGGCCACACGAACGAGUGGGUGCGAGGACGGCUCGGCGAGGGGCUCACGGCGGGGUCGCACACGGCAGGGGUCACGGGGCCGCUGUGGAGCGAUGUGGUCAGGGGAACGACGAGACACAAAUGGGACAAGCGCUAG